UUUUUGAUAGUGUGAGGAUCCUCUGUGUUGUCUUUGCCGUGACUAGCCAAAAUUAAUUUCUGAGAUGUCUUAAAACUACAUUAGCUUCGGCUCUAGUGCCAUACUGUAAUUUAAGGAUCAGUUGACCUAUUGACAAUUAUACAAUGAAUGAAUAGCUUAAUCCGUGUUCAUGAAAUGUCAUGUGUUACCACAGAACCCCAUUCACCUUUAGGUCUACAAUGUAAGCUACACCAAAUUGUUACAUAUUACACUGGACAUUAUUUGAACUAUGAAUGCUGUAACAACAUCUAAGAAACUACUCAUUCCAAUACUGUCAUUAGAUUUAUCAUAUAUGCUUUAAUUAAAUUACAAAUUGUAGAGUAAAGUUUGUUAGGUUUGUGUGUGCUCCUCAGAUGCCAGGUUUCAAACAGAGCUGCCAUUGAUUUCACCAACAGCAGUGGCUGCAGUCCAGUCCCAGGAUGAACCGAGCAACUCAGAAAUAUGGAAACUACACAUCACUGUGAUUAACUCAUGUUCUCAAGAGUACUCUGCUGUGAAUGUUUAGAACCACAGCCUGUAGUGUAACCAGGACUGAUGUUUUGGAUGCAGUUUUUGUGUUGGCUGCUGUGCCUUGGCCUGGCAAAGGCACUGGCUACAAUACCCAAGGACCAGGUGGCACAACAUGUCCUUAAGCUCUAUCAGUCCAAUGGGGCGCUCCAUGGCCAAAGCUGGGUGGCCAACAACUGCAAACGUCUGGUUGGCCUCCUGCAUCAGAAGAGUGUGGCAGUGAAAAAGCUGUCUGCUGCAGCCAAAGCGGUCGAACGAGACCAGACUCUCUCAGAGGAUGAAAGGCAUUUCAGGGUUCAUACACUGGAGGUUUUCCAGAAGGAGCUCAAUGAAAGCGAACACCUUGUGUUCCAGGCAGUGCACAGCCUGCAGAGGGCGCUGCAGGGCGACUACAAAGAUGUGGUCAAUAUGAAGGAGAGCAGCAGACAGAGGCUGGAGGCCCUUAGAGAGGCAGCUAUAAAGGAGGAGCAGGAGUAUGUGGAGCUUGUGGCAGCUGAGAAGCACCAACAGGAAGCUCUGAAAAAUGCUUUGACCCGAAACAAAACUCUGUCCAUUUUAGACGAGAUUCUGGAAGAUGUGAAAAAGGCAGCUGACCGACUUGAGGAAGAGAUUGAAGAACAUGCGUUUGAUAACAACAAACAGGUGGUAGGAGUGAACGUUGAGGCUGUGCUAAGAGUGGAGGAGGAUGAGGAAAAUGGAGGAAAGAGAAAAAACAAAUCAAAGAAAAGAGAGGUGGAGGAUGAUCUGGGACUGAGCAUGCUCAUAGACUCUCAGAACAACCAGUAUGUCCUCACAAAACCACGGGACUCCACCAUGCCCCGGGCUGAUCAUCACUUCAUUAAGGACCUGGUUUCCAUAGUGAUGUUGUCUUUGCCUUGUGGGUGGGUCUGCACUUUGGUCAGUCUCCCUCCGAUGUUUGGAUAUAUUGUUUGUGGUGUUCUGCUGGGUCCCUCGUGCCUCAAUAGCAUCAAGUCCAUGGUCCAAGUGGAGACUUUGGGAGAGCUUGGUGUGUUUUUCACUCUUUUUGUAGUGGGACUAGAGUUCUCCCCAGAGCGACUUCGUAAGGUGUGGAAGACCUCAGUGCAGGGCUCUUGUUACUUGAGUCUGCUGAUGGUGGGCUCUGGUUUGUUGUGGGGACAAGUCCUGAAGAUUCGGACCACUCAGACUGUCUUCAUCUCCACCUGUUUGUCCCUCUCCAGCACCCCUCUAGUGUCUCGCUUCUUAGGAGGAGCUAGGGGAGACAAAGAGGGCGACUCAGAUUACAGCAGUGUUCUUCUGGGGAUGUUGGUUAUGCAGGAUGUUCAGCUCGGCCUCUUCAUUGCUGUCAUGCCCACUUUAAUCCAGGCCCAGAGUGGAGACUUGGACAGUUUGCUGCUUGGUGGACUGCGUGUGCUUUACCUCUUGGCCCAGGUCUUGGUGUCUUUGGCGGCUGUGUUACUGUUGUGUCUCCUGUUAAAAUCCUCCAUCAUCGGACCUUUUUACAAGAAGCUGCACCACGAGAGUAAAGGAAACAAGGAGAUCCUGGUGCUGGGAAUGACUGCCUUUGUCUUUUUUAUGUUAACGGUGACGGAGUUUCUGAGUGUCUCCAUGGAGCUGGGCUGUUUCCUGGCUGGAGCUCUGCUGUCGACUCAGGGUCACAUGGUCACGUCUGAGGUCAUGGGCUGUAUCGAACCCAUCAGAGACUUCCUCGCCAUCAUCUUCUUUGCUUCCAUUGGUCUUCAUGUAUUUCCAACAUUUGUGCUGUAUGAGCUGACUAUACUACUAGUGCUGACCCUGUCCCUGGUGAUUAUGAAGUUUGUCAUGGCGGUUACAGUGCUAUCAGCCAUCUUGCCUCCUGGCUCCCGACACAUACGCUGGAUAGUUUCAGCGGGUUUGGCGCAGGUCAGCGAGUUUUCCUUUGUUUUGGGGAGCCGUGCCAGACGAGCAGGAAUCAUCUCCAGAGAGAUCUACCUCCUCGUGCUGAGCGUCACUACUCUGAGUCAGCUCCUAGCUCCUGUCCUCUGGCGAGCCACCACUCACAUCUGGGUCACACGAGCUGAACGCAAAACUGUCACGUGACAAAAAUGUAUUCAUAUCCAAAAAUGGUACAAAGGAUGAAGUGCACAAGCCUCGUAAACGGGACUGGUUUGUAUCUUAGAAAAACCUGAAUGAAAGUGUUAUAAAAUGGACCAUAUUUAAUCUUUCUGUGCCUCAAACAGACACUACAUUGCCUUGUUUAUUUAUAUAUUUGUAUUAUAAUAUUUAGAGCAGUGAAGCACAUGAGAUUCUGGCAUUUUUAAUGUAUGUUUAAAAGGCCUGUACAUGACUUUGAACCUUUUGUGAAGAAGAAAAAACCUGGAUGAACUGUUAGCCCACUUACUUUUUUCACUCUCAUGAAGAAACAACUGUCUGAGGUAGUCACUGACUGUUUUUUCAUCCAGGAACAUUACUUAGUGGUUAAAAUUGUUCAUUCCUCACUGUUACUUUGUUUUAGUUCUUAUCCAACAAAAAAGCCAUGUAUAGGCAAUAUCAUUCAGUUUACCUUUUUUCUCAAAUAGCUGCUGUUUAGUUCACUGUAUGGAGUAAAGGGUGUCUUCUUGAACUGGAAGAGAUAAAAGUUUGGCAAGUUUUGGUAAAGUUAUGCUCUUUAAGAUGUUUAUUUAUUGAUUAGUUACUGCUUUCAGUUUUACUGGCUUGUAUUUAUUUGUCAUGGACCAAAUCGUAAAGUACUGACUGUUUCUUACUGUUUCUUUUUCGCAAUUUGCACAUUGUAUGGACAGUAGUUAUUUUUUUAACCCCAAAUCUCUUGUUAACAUUUCCCAUGUAUUGCAUUAUAUGUAUUUAUAAUGAUACAUUUUUUUGAGAAAAUGAGCGAAGACAAAUAAUAAUAUAAUGAUAUAUAAAUGAUUUGAUUACAGUGUUCCUUGGUGACUGUUUCUGAGUAGAAUUUCUUACAAAUAUCUUUUUUUUUUUAUUUUGUGCAAUCAGUGGAAGAACUUUAUGAAGAAAAUAGUGUAUGGAGGUGCAAACAUUGUAUUUUACUGGUACAUUUAUUCAUGCAGUUCAUUUGAAACACUGUAAGUCUCAUAUUUUUUUUCAUACAAGCCUGUGUCUGAAAUCUCCUCCUCUGUCUCGUAUCAAUAACGUCAAGUGAUCCUAUCUCUGCUGUCUCUUCAUGGUUUACACACUGUACUGUUAGUGAAUGGGUGACUGUAACAGUGCAUUUUAAGCACAGCAAAAUAAUUUAUUCAAAAUGUAAAACUAAAUCAUAUUUUUAUUAAAACUGUGAAAUGUUUGUUUUA